GAGCCCAGCCCAUCCUAUCCACAGACCCACGCUACACCAUGUCUGAUCCGAACACGAAGUCUAAAGUUGAUCUCGGUCUUCUGGAAGAAGACGAUGAGUUUGAGGAAUUCCCUGCAGAAGAGUGGACAGCUAAGGCAGAGGAUGGCCAGGACAUAAAUGUGUGGGAGGACAACUGGGACGAUGAUAACAUCGAAGAUGACUUCAGCCAACAGCUCAGAGCAGAGCUGGAAAAGCAGGGGUACAAGGUUGAUGGAACGGGGGAACCCAUCAAGGGCUGAAGCAUGAAUGUCAUCUGAAAUAAAUGUACAUGUGUUGUGUGGGCGUC